AUGAGAAAAGCUACUGUGUAUGCCUCACUUUCAAAUGUGGUCAUACCUUAUUGGGGUGUUGUGCUGUCCAAAAUGGCUGUACGAGGUAGUGGUUCGGGUGAAAGAAGUCGAGACAAAAGGUAUUUUGAUUCAUAUAUUCUAAAAGAUGUUUAUGGUGACUUUGAGGUCGAAAAUAUGCCAAAAAGUGGUUCUGAAGAAGAAACUGUCGUUAGUUCACUAGAGGAUGAAGGAAAUUUUAAUUUCGCUUACGAAGUUAGAUUGGUGCAAGUGAAGGCUGAGAGGUUGCGAAAUUUGGUUCUCUGCUAG